GCCCCCCCCCCCUCUUGAUUUGAGAUAUCAAACCCGUAUUAAUUGAAAGUCGCUUAGUUGCGGAUUGCGUAGUAAGUGGGACCACAUCGAGUGACCGCUGUUUUAUUUGAGACAGUUAUUUUAUUUGCACUAAAAGAAACUUCAUUAAUAAAUUAUGCAGGGCAAUGUUUUAGUUUAAAGCUUUACUGAAGAACUGCGGAAAACCAAGAUAAAAAAAAACAAAAAACGCACCCGAAGAAAAGAAGAAAAAAAAACCCCGCAACAUUGACUGCUUGGUCUGAACACGAUUUUUGAUAUUUCAUUCGAGUUCUAAGUCAUUCAUCUUGGAGCGAAGAAUAGAUUUUGAUAAUAAAAGUCCUCAACAAUUGAGUUAGUUGUCUAUAAAUGAGAAGUUUGACCCCCUUGGUCUUAAAAGCCUAACUAUUCUCUCCCACAAACCAAUUUAUUGACUCAUUUGCAUUUUACGGAAAAUCCGUUUCAAGAUUACUUGAUACUAUGUGUAAGCCGAGAGCGCACAAAAUUUAUUAAAAAAAAAAAAACGGACGAAAUGUACGCGAAGUGUUUGUGGGGUAUCAUCAGGCCACGUUAUCAAUUUGAAUAAACUACAGAGCUCACAUGGUUAUCAAUUCAAGUCGUUACUUAAUUCCGCGAAGGGAGAAAAUAAACGUUUAGCCAAUAAAAGGUCAUGACGAGACAUUGGCAAGCGACGUUUGAAGGACAAAACAGCUAAAAAGAAAAUGUACUUUCACUUAGUUCCGAUCAAAGAACAAGAUUGGCUGAUUAAUCCGAAAAGUCAGAGUGUGAAGUUAAAAACGAGAGCAAGACAUGUAAUCUGGGGCAUCGAGUCACUUGUUCUGUAGAUCUCGCACACAAUAACCAGACGAAUUUUUUUUUUCCAGGUGAUAAUCAGCGCCCUGCGCUAAAAGCUGUCAGGGCCGGUCAGAGAAGACAGCUUUGACAUUUAGUCAGUUCAUUUUACAGCUCACUAAAUGAUCGAACAGCGAGCUCCCGUUUCGCUAUUAAGCACAAAUAUUGCUCUUGAUGAAUAUUUUCGCAAAAACGUUGCUCUUAGAGCACAAUUAGGCAGCCCGGGGUCGUAAAUCACUUUAUCAACAAAUUGGGCUUUUAUUUUACAGCUUAUCUCAAUCGCACCACAGCCAGACUCGAUUACAAUGUCCGUCACGCUGGCCCAUUUGGAAUACGAUGUUUUGUAGGAAAAAUCAAGACUCCAGCAAGGUAUCCGCACCGAGGGCCGGGUUAUCUAAAGCUUGGAACUAGAAAAUGGAAUCGCCAGGUUACUAUGAUCUCUGGAACAUGAUUCUAACGGAAACACCAAUCAAGGUUUUUUAUCAUUGGAAUCGAAUCCUUUAAAAUUCUAAAUAAACAAGGAUUUAAAUGUUAUCCUAACAAGAGAGCAAAUACAUUGAGGCACCUGUAACGAUGCUGAAAAGAAGCAAAACUGAGCUCUACUCUACUUGGAAGAGGAGACCAGGAAACAAGGCUUUUCUGUAUCUGGGUAACUUAUCAUGAGCAAGGAAGUCGACCCUCGGGCCUCUUCGUCCAAGAAGAAAGGUGAUCAUGAAGGAACCGCGAUUGGCUUUGAUUCAGUUGUCAACGCGAAGAUGAUGGCACGUAGAGCGCGUCGGCGAAAAUCACUUUUUGAGCCAGAGAAAGUGGUACACGACCUUGGAACUUCGACACUAUCACACGCAGACUUCCCUAUCGUGAAUCCUAAACCCGCCAACGAUAACAAGGCUACGGAGAUCACAGGGUUCGACAAGAAGGUGAUCUUUGAGAUACUGAAGGAGGUACUUGACCAGGGUUUCGAGGGCCUAACUUACGAGCAAAGGGACACCGCAAGGUUGUGCCACGAGAUAGCUCGCACACUCAAGGAGCGGCUGGCGUUACUGCACAUUUCCGAGUUCAAGUUGGUGUGUACGUGUUACGACACGAGACGUGCCAAGCCAUGUAUGCAGAUAGAGAGCGGGUGCGCAUGGGACGAGCUGCACUGUAGCAUAGAUAAGGACGGGUUCGUGGAGUACGUGUUUCAGAAUGAGGAGCUGGCGGUCGUGGGGACAGUGUACGGUGUGCACUGCGGGCGAAAGGCUCCGGUCAAAUCCAAGCCUAUCCUCCGAAAACAAAGGUCCUUCUCACUGACAGAUUGACCAAUUCUCAAGUUGAUGCGAAAGUCGCCGAUCAAAUCCACGCCUAUCCUUAAGAAACAGGGCGUCCUUCUCGCUGAAAGAUUGACCAAUUCUCAUACGGAUGUGAAAGGCUCCGAUCAAAUCCAUUUUAAAGAAACAGACUAAAGUCCAUCUCGCUGAGAAAUUGUAUUCUCACGUGGAUGCUAAGAUCCAUGUCAAAGUGUGGAUAACACACAGACGGAGCCAAAAAAACUAUUACGGCAUAUUACGACAAUUUAGCGAGUGAGAGACUUAGCGAAUACCCUUGAGGUCAAAAGCGACUAGAGAACCCGUGGCAACAAGGGGUUCCAAAGGGACUUAACCAUUGAGCUUAUGAUACAGUUUUACGGAUAUGAGUUGCGCAUCCCGUGCUUUACCAUGUGAUCUGAACAGAUCGGAAACCACGAAACAGACAGAGGAAAGCUUCUUGUAUUGCAUAGGGAUAGAAAAAACUAUUCCCUACUCAACUGGGAGGUCCGGCUGAUCAUGGUUACAGACCUGUUUUUAGGGCUAUUCAUGCCUCAGCUUCUCACUUCAUUAAAUUGUUAUAAUUUCUUUGUUUGAAAAUUCAAUGACGUCAAUGGACAAUAUUAGGCUGCAAUAAGCUAGAAAUAAAACACAAAAGAUCC